AUGUUUUCUAUUCCACGAUAUCAAGGCGACGACGACGAAUCCCAAUCGCACCGAUCGUAUGAAAAGAAGCAAGAGCGCUUACAGAAGCUCAUUGAAAAGGCCAAUCGCAAACGACAACCACCGAUCGAUGAGAAAGACGACUCCAGCACCACCACCAACACAAAGAAAGACAAGCGAAGAAAAAAGGAAAAGGAACACAAGGUCGACAAUGAACAGCUUAAUGAAAUGGAUCACACCGAGACAAUGCCUGUUGACGACGUUCAGGAAGCACAGCAGGAGCAGAUCAGUGUUGACAUGGCGUCGAAGGAGAUCGAUCACGAGCAAGACGAAGAGGAGGACAAUGAAGGACGCGACAAUGAAGACAACGACGACGACGACAAGGGGAUUGUGGCAUUUCCUGAUAUGAUGGGCAAGCAGCAAAAGCAAAGCAAAGACGAGAUACAAUUGCUUCGAAAGAUGGGUAUUCCAGAUUGGCUAUUACAACCCACCAUCAUCUCGCCUUCGGAUAAAUGCGACAUUGAAUCGAUUCCUGGCUUGUCAACAAAGUUGAUCCGACGAUGCAAAGAAUUAGACAUCACAUCCUUUUUUGCCGUGCAAAUGGCGGUCAUUCCAGUGUUCCUAAGGAGACAAGCUUUGUAUGAUACCCGAAGAUCACCAGGCGAUUUGUGCGUAUCAGCGCCCACUGGCAGCGGCAAAACUAUGGCAUACGUUCUACCCAUCAUUGAGAUCUUAUCCAAGCGAGUGGUGACACGAUUGAGAGCCUUGGUGGUAUUACCCACACGUGAAUUGGCCAUCCAAGUCAAGGAAACAUUCGAAGCAUUUGUCAAGGGCACAGGUCUUAAGGUGGGUUCAGCCAUUGGUCAACAUACCCUGCGUCGUGAACAACAAGCAUUGGUUGGAAAGCCUGAGGAUGAUGAUUACAUGGGAGGUCAAAGUCGAGUGGAUAUCUUGGUUGCAACACCUGGUCGUUUAACGGAUCACAUUCGAGAAACGCCCAACUUUACUCUUCAGCAUUUGCGAUUCUUGGUGAUUGAUGAAGCGGAUCAGCUCUUGAACCACAGCUAUAAUGAUUGGCUCAACCACAUCCUUAAUGCCACUCGUCCACAAUCGCAUCAUUCUACCAACCCAUUAUCAUUUAAGAAGGACCAGCAUGGUGUCUUGGAAGCCGAUGCAAUUGCGCCUUACUUUAUGCGAUCCCAUUUUGAUUUGCCAAGGACAGAUGUUGAUAUUGCCAAGGCACCCACCGUACAAAAACUGCUCUUUUCGGCAACAUUGACCAAGAACCCCGCCAAGAUUGCUGGUUUGCAUUUGACAGAACCUGAAUACAUUGCUGUACAACGCUCGGAGGACAUGGAGGACAAACCCGAUUAUACCACACCAGAAGGCCUUACAGAAUACAUGACCGUUACAUCAGCCGAACGAAAGCCUCUCAUGCUAUUGUACAUCAUGCAUACAUUCAACAUUCAAUCAUGUCUUUGCUUUACGCGAUCCGCCGAAUCUACACAACAACUGAAAACACUCGUGGAAGCCUAUGAGUCACGGCAAUCAACGCAUGAUACCAAGAUUGUAGUCGCUGAUUACUCGAGUGAUUUACCGCCCUCUGAAAGAAAGUCGCUACUUAAACGCUUCAAGAAUGGUGAUAUCCAUCUCCUUGUUUGUUCGGAUUUGAUUGGUCGUGGUAUCGAUUUGAACAAUGUGGAUGUGGUGAUCAACUAUGAUGUACCCUGGUUUAUGGACAAGUAUAUCCAUCGUGUGGGAAGAACGGCUCGUGCAGGUCGUGAAGGACAAGCUUAUUCGUUGGUUGAAAAGCAAGAAGCACGUCCUUUCAAAGACCUCUUGCGAAAUGCCGGCCAUUAUCAGCAGAUCAAACAACUACGUGUGGAGAACACCAAGCUAGAACCUAUGCAAGCUGAUUACGAUGCGGCAUUAUCAAGUGUUGCUUAA